UGCCAAUUGGGCUGGGUUGGCCAAGAGGGUUGGAGAUCCCCACACGACCCCAGAUUGAAGGCCGGCUCCAAUCGGCAGAGCUGACCUGCCUCGGUCCAACUUAACAUCCAGCUUGUCCUCCCCUUCGUUUUUCUUUCCAUAUCUUGGACCCUUGUCGUUACAACAUCUUGUGUAGUGUGAUCACAAUUGACUCGCUACGCUCGUGUAUAAUUGACAGCACACAAUGGCAUCCAUUUCAAGAACACUCAGGCCGCUGGCCCGCGCAGCCACAGCAGCCUCACGCCGCUCCGCACGCCCUGCUAUUGCACGCGCCACACCACAAAUACGAUGCCUCUCCUCCACCGCCCCCCGCCGCGAUGCCUCCGUAGACAUCACUGACAUCCCGCCCACACCCAUCACACACCUCUCUGAAACCGAAGCCAUGAUGGGCGAAGCAGUCGCCAAGUUCGCCUCCGAAGUCAUCCUGCCCAAGGCACGUGAGAUGGACGAGGCAGAGUCCAUGGACCCCGCUGUCGUCGAGCAGCUCUUCGAGCAAGGCCUGAUGGGCAUCGAGAUCCCCGAAGAGUAUGGCGGUUCGGGCAUGAACUUCACCAGCGCCAUCAUUGCUAUUGAAGAGCUGGCAAGAGUCGAUCCGAGCGUGAGUGUCAUGUGCGAUGUGCACAACACGCUCGUCAACACUGCGAUUCUCAAAUGGGGAUCCGAGCACAUCAAGAAGAAGUACCUGCCGAAGCUCGCAACCAACACCGUUGGCUCUUUCUGUCUUUCCGAGCCCGUCUCGGGCUCUGAUGCUUUUGCAUUGGCUACCAAGGCGACCAAGACAGACAGCGGGUACAGGAUUAGUGGAAGCAAGAUGUGGAUCACCAACUCCAUGGAAGCCGACUUCUUCAUCGUCUUCGCGAACCUCGCGCCCGAGAAGAAGUACAAGGGCAUCACGGCCUUCAUUGUCGAGAAGGGCACAAAAGGCUUCAGCAUCGCGAAGAAGGAGAAGAAACUCGGUAUCAAGGCAUCCAGCACUUGCGUCAUCAACUUCGACGAUGUCGAGAUCCCGAAGGAGAACUUGCUCGGUGAGGAAGGACAGGGGUACAAGUACGCCAUUGGUCUUUUGAACGAAGGAAGAAUUGGUAUCGCGGCGCAGAUGACGGGUUUGGCACUGGGCGCGUUUGAGAACGCUGCUGGAUACGCAUGGAACGACCGCAAGCAAUUCGGCCAACUAAUCGGCGAAUUCCAAGGCAUGCAGCACCAGUUCGCACAAGCCUGGGUCGAGAUCUGCGCCGCGCGCGCCCUCGUCUACAACGCCGCCCGCAAGAAGGAAGCCGGCGAGGACUUCGUCAUGGACGCUGCUAUGGCUAAGUUGUACGCCUCUCAGGUCGCAGGCAAGGUGUCUGGUCAGGCGGUCGAGUGGAUGGGCGGCAUGGGGUUUGUGAGGGAGGGUUUGGCGGAGAAGUAUUUCAGGGAUAGCAAGAUUGGCGCAAUUUAUGAGGGCACGAGUAACAUCCAGUUGACUACUAUUGCGAAGCAUUUGCAGAAGUUAUAUACCAAGUAGACGGGAUAAGGGAAAAAGCUUGGCCAGCAGUUUUUGUCCUGGUUGGAACGGCUGUAGGUCAAUUGAUAGGAUAGAUCUACUGUACACUCGAAAAUGCUCAAUAUCCAC